AUGGCGGGCCGCUGGCAGCCCUACAACCACAACUAUGCAUAUGCAACUCACCCCGCCGACAUCGACCCCAGCCAGCCCAUCUUCGACCCCAAGGCCGUCACCAGAGCCAGUCGCAUGCCGCCACCCCCACCCAAGAAGAAGCCACAGGGCCCUUUGGUCGACUUCAACCAGCAUCCAGACAGCUAUCUCAUCCUUCCCUAUGGCAACACAAAGUCAAAGCCCAUGAGCCCCAAGACCAAGUUGUUCAUCAACAUUGCACGAUGGAUUCAGCUCGGCUUGAAGGUACUUACACUGCUAGCUGCCGUCGGUGUGCUGCUAUGUGGCAUCUUCAUCCGGGGCGCAGUCGACACUGAAGGCUACAUCAUGAGGAUACCACCUGGUGUGGACCUCGUCAUCUGUCUGUACUCCAUGUACCACUUGAUUCGCAACCCCAAGAACAGGCCAGCAGGCAGCUCUACCAGCUACCACUUUUUUGCCCUCAUCACGGAUGGUGGUUUCAUUCCGCUCUACGUCUUCACCGUCUUGAUGGCCCGACGGAAUGCCGACAUGACUGCCGGAGACAAUGGGCGUUGGCGCACCAUGUUUCCAACCGAUGCCGAUACGGACAAAGUUCUUAUGUCGACGUGGAUUGUCGGCAUAGCGGCCGGCUCCUUGCAUCUGCUGUCAACCUUUUUGGACAUGUACAUGGCUCUAGUGUUCCGCAAGAUUUCCAAACUGCCACCAGAUAUGAACCCGCUCGAGGACAACCUCACGUCGCGCAGAAAGUCCAAGCACAAACACAAGAACUCGUCCAUUUCCGUUACCACGCCCCUCACGGAGAAGCAGGAGAAGCACCUCAGCGACCAAACCACCAUCUUUGGAGACCGAAACUCCAAAGCUGAGUCGUACAUUUACUCUGACAUCUCGAGCCCGACCAAGGAUCAAAUCGAGUUUUUGCACACACGCAACAAUUCCGACACCAUCUACUCGCCACAUACCCCAACCUCGGCCCGCGAGUCCAGGGAGCGUUUCUCCAUGUACCAGCAGUCUGCUUCGGCUCGCCAGUCCCGAAAGAGUCUUAACCACCGCAACGAUCUGCUCGACGAUGACGAUGGCCUAACUCUAGCCCAACGCAAGGCGAUGCUCUCCAGCCAGGCAAACAUCAAGCGCCACUCGCGCGCCGGCUCUCAAAUUACCUAUUCCAGCAAGAACGACUUUUACACUCCGCCUUCGACGAGCCGCAACGAUAGCCAAGAAGCAACCGGCGAUCUCUCUCUGCAGCGCAACUCGCAGCAAAGCCUCAAGGACGACAACUGGUUUGUUCAGCCAGAACUAGACGACGGCCACGACGAUCAUGACCACGACCACGAAGACGAUGGCCACACCGCCCCCACAGCUAAGCAAUCCAUGUUCGCAUCCGCCACCGCCAACAAAGGCUACAGCCACGUGACCACGUGCGAAGAAGUCUCAGACUACGAAGACGAGGCCAACGAGCCCAUGAUGCCGCAACCCCUCCGCAUGAACCCCCCGUCUCCCGCCCCCUCGUCGACAUACUCUGAGCCGCCCAAAGCCGACCCUGCAACAUCACCCUCGCCAGCCCCAGAAGGUGAAACUCUCCGUACGCAACCCUCGUCUGUCUCGUCCAUGUCCAACGGCGACAACCCGGAGCAUUCUGGAACUCUCGAGCGCCGCAAAUCGCGAUACUACGGUAACCUGGAAGCAGCUACUGCAGGUGUCCGCAACAGCCGCUCACGCUCACCUCUUUCACCGUCGCCGACCAAGGAACCUGCCAGUCCUGUUCCACCCCAAUCCUCAUUCCGACGCUACCCACAGCAACAGCAACAGCAACAGCCGAACCACUUCCCCAGCGCCACAAGACAAUACGCAACCAACAAUACCCUUUCUCCGAGCAACAACGCCAGCAGCCCCGUCCCCACCACACCGCCCUUUUCCCUCCACAAGAAAAGCUACACGUCCAUCAAGCGCACAGGCGAAGCAAACUAUACGCCCGUAAAACGGCAGUCGCCCCGCGUCAUCAGCAGAAGCGGCGUCGACUACGCAGCCCCAUUCAACCCCUACGACGAUGCUGACGCUGCUCGCAUGCCGGGUAUGAUGGGUCGCCGACGCGAUGUCAGUGGCAAGAUUGCUGAAGAAGGGCGCGGUGGUGCUUGGGGUGCUAGCGGUAUUGUUCAAAGAAAGGUUAGUGGUGUUGCGCAGGCUUAUUGAUAGUCUUGCGAUUAUGGUGUAUUUGUGAGUAAGUGACUUUAAAAAACGGUGGGUUAUAAUUGUUGCUGUUGUCAUCCAUGUAGGUUCAGCGACCUUUUUUUCGUUCUUGUUUACUCGAGAGAUAUCUUUGCUUGGGACUGCCUUUUUUUUUGUAUUCGAGGCACUGGCGUUUUUUCCUUUGAAAUGGGUGGGUUAUCAGAAUAUCAGUGUAUCAUGGUAAGUUUCCUCUUCUUUUUUCAACAACAAACGCAUGGGUGGGCAUAUGGGGGUCACGUAUGUGUGGAUGAUGGGUCAUGGUCAUGGUCAUGUAGUUUAUGUAUGUCUGUAUGGUAUGUAUGGAUGUGUGUAUGAUGGAUGGGCGGAUGGAUGGGCGGAUGGACGGGCGGAUGGACGGGCG